CGUGCUCAAUGCGCGGGUCUGUCAAAACCCGAUCAGCCACAUUAAUGUUUCCUGGAUGAAGACUCGCCUCCUGCACGAAACUCUUCUUUGAGCUUGAUAUUAUCAACCGGGAGACAUUUGUCAAUAGCAAGAAGCCGGUGUGUUUUAUCUGGCGCUUUCGCUCCGUUAACGGAAACUCCAGCAUUACGUGACAGUCCGUAAAUUGGAUUAGCGCUAAGUAAAGCCACCGGUGAAUGAUACUUUAGCACAGUUGCUAGCUUAGCUACAGGAGCUGUCGGGAGUGGAGAACAUACAUAUGGACUCUUCUGGUUCCAGACACGAGUGGUAACGUUACAGUGAAUCCUCUGUGUGUGUGUGUGCGGCUGUGUGCUAACGUUACAGACAUUAGCCUGCGAGCAGGUUGGCAACAUGGACAGUUACAGUCAGAGGUUUGACAGUAAAUCUCAGAAGAAGAAGGGCUCAUCCCACCACGGCACCUCAUGCUACGAUGAAGGAGACCGCAAACCAAAGUUUCACCUACCCUUUAGAAACAUCACAGACGAUGUGCUGGACAGAUUUGCCAGUAUUCGGAUCCCGGGCAGUAAGAAGGAGCGGCCACCCUUAUCACAGUCGAAACACAAUUCCAAUGACUGGUCUAUUUCCUCAUCAUCCACCUCACAUCCGUUUGAGGAAAUGUCAUCAAAGAUCACCUCGGAAAAAGAGAUCUUGGCUCUGUUUGAAAAGAUGAUGGAGGACAUGAACUUGAAUGAGGAAAAAAAGACUCCUCUGAGAGAAAAGGACCUUAACACAAAGAGAGAAAUGGUUAUCCAAUAUAUUUUUACUGCAUCUAAAACGGUAGAUGUCUUGCAGCAGACCCUGAUUGUGCAGGCCUGUCGUUGGGUGCAGAGUUUCGGGCAUGAGGGUCUUGGACUGCUGCUGGACAUUUUGGAGAGGUUGCUUUUCAAGAAGGAGCAAGAGAAGAUUGACAAAAAGAAUCAACACAAAGUUAUCCAGUGUCUCAAGGCCUUCAUGAACAAUAAGUAUGGCUUGGACCGAAUCCUGGCGGAGGAGAAAAGUCUUGCUUUACUGGCAAAAGCUAUUGAUCCCACCCAGUCUGCCAUGAUGACUGACGUGGUGAAGCUGCUGUCAGCCAUCUGCAUUGUGGGCGAAGACAACACUUUGGAAAAGGUCCUUGAAGCCAUUACCACAGCAGGGGAAUGGCGAUCUAUCGAGAGGUUCAGUCCCAUUGCGCAAGGGCUUCGUGAUCGCUCAGUUCAAUUACAAGUGGCAUGCAUGCAGCUCAUCAAUGCACUAGUAACAUCUCCUGAUGAGCUGGACUUCAGGCUGCACAUCAGAAAUGAAUUUAUGCGCUGUGGCCUAAAAGAGAUAUUGCCGCAACUGACAGCCAUCAGAAAUGACGCCCUCGACAUUCAGCUUAAAGUAUUUGUGGAGCACAAAGAAGAGGACAUGAUGGAAUUUUCUCACAGGCUGGAGGACAUCAAGAGCGAGCUGGAUGAUGCGGGGGAUGUGUUUAGCAUUGUGCUGAGCACGGUGAAGGACAGCAGUGCCGAGCCUUAUUUUCUCUCUAUUCUACAACACCUGAUGCUGAUACGCAAUGACUACUUGGUCAGGCCUCAGUACUUUAAGAUCAUUGAGGAGUGUGUGUCUCAGAUCGUGCUCCACCGCAGUGGCACUGACCCAGACUUCAGUUACCGCAAGCGCCUAGAUGUGGACUUCAGCCACCUCUUGGAGGUGUGUGUGGAUAAAGCUCGAAUUGAUGAGUAUGAACAAAGAGCUUCAGAAUUGGCACAGAAGUUCGAGGAGGAGUUUGUCAGCAGGCAGGAGACAGAAGGUCAACUGGUUAAGUGUGAAGAAAAAGCAGCUGAACUCCAAGCUGAGCUUCAGGCCUUUAAGUCCCAGUUUGGAGCUGUACCCGCAAGUCUCUCCUCUCCCCAUGCUCGACAGUCGUCAUCUUCCUCAGCGCUCCCGUCUGGGACCCCACCCCAAGCUCCAGGACCUGGGUUGCCGGCACCCCCUCCUCCACCUCCUCCGCCCCCCUUACCUGGCUGUCCUGCCCCACCUCCUCCACCUGGAGUGCCUCCGCCGUUUGGUGCCCCUCCACCACCCCCUCUAGGGUUUGGUGGAGGUCUUGGCUCCCCCACCCACAAUGCACUGCCUUAUGGCCUCAGGGCUAAGAAGGAAUUCAAGCCUGAGACUUCCAUGAAGCGCCUCAACUGGUCCAAGAUUCGUCCCCAGGAAAUGUCAGAGAGCUGUUUCUGGGUGCUGGCUGAUGAGAACCAGUAUGCUAAACCAGAGUUACUGAGCAGAGUUGCUCUCACGUUUGGUUCACAGAGAACAGCCAAAAAACAAGAGGAGGAUCUGGAGGAUAAGAAAACCAUAAAGAAGAGAAUUAAAGAGCUCAAGGUGCUCGAUCCCAAGAUUGCACAGAAUCUAUCCAUCUUCCUGGGUUCCUUCCGUAUGCCUUAUCAGGAAAUCCGUUCCAUGAUAGUGGAGGUGGAUGAGGAACAACUCACUGAACCUAUGAUCCAGAACCUGGUAAAGCAUCUGCCUGAGCAGGAGCAGCUGAACGCCUUGGCCAAGUAUAAAAACGAGUAUGCAAAUUUGUCAGAGCCUGAGCAGUUUGGGGUUGUGAUGAGCAGUGUGAAGCGUCUGCGUCCUCGCCUCAGCCACAUCCUCUUCAGACUGCAGUUUGAGGAGCAAGUAAACAACUUGCGUCCAGAUAUCCUGGCUGUAAACGCCGCCUGUGAUGAGGUCAGGAAGAGCGGCUCCUUUGGCCGCUUGCUGGAGCUGGUGCUGCUGCUGGGGAAUUACAUGAAUGCAGGCUCUCGAAACGCCCAGUCUUAUGGCUUCGACCUCAGUUCCCUCUGCAAGCUAAAGGACACAAAGUCAGCGGACCAAAAGACCACAUUGCUCCACUUCCUGGCACAUGUAUGUGAGCAAGAUUUUCCAGAUGUGAUUAAGUUCGUUGAAGACCUACAGCACGUGGACCGUGCUAGCCGAGUGUCUGCGGAGAAUCUGGAGAAGAGCCUCAGGCAGAUGGAGCGGCAGCUGCUGCAGCUGGAGAGAGACCUGGACACUUUUUCUUCGCCUGAUGACCCCAACGACAUGUUCCUCACGAAAAUGGCUAGCUUCAGCAAGGUUGCGCGGGAGCAGUAUGGCAAACUGGUGAUCAUGCACAGCAAUAUGGAGACUCUGUAUCAGAACUUGCUGGAGUACUUCGCAAUUGAUCCCAAGAAGACCUCUGUGGAGGAGCUGUUCACUGAUCUCAGCAACUUUCGCACCAUGUUCACUCAAGCUCUGAAGGAGAACCUGAGGCAGAGGGAGUCGGAGGAGAAACAGAGGAGAGCACGGGUUGCAAAGGAGAAGGCUGAGCGUGAAAAGCAGGAAAGACAGCAGAAGAAGAGGAGGUUGCUGGAAGUCACUGCAGAGAAUGAUGAGACAGGUGUGAUGGAUAGUUUGCUGGAAGCCCUACAGUCAGGAGCUGCAUUCAGAGACCGCAGGAAGAGAGCACCAAGACCCAGAGAAAACCAGCAUCAGACGAUCAGCCCCAGCUCCUUCCGCCAGGUUCUCAGGCCUGUUAAUCAUGAAAACAAGGCGCCUUUACAAAGGUCUCGCACUCGGCAGAAUGUGAAUGUGGGCUCUGCGGCGGCGGAAGCUCCGCCUGCCAAGGGGGCCCCUGCCGAGCCUGAGGGUCAUCCAUCCGCUGCCAGGGCGAAGGCCGCGGCGUGUACAGAGUCGGGCCGCAGGUACAGAAACACCCCGGGUCAUCGCUACGGGCUGGACAGAGAGAGGGUGGUGGAGAGAGAGACAGUUAAAGUGACUGAGAGAGAGAUGAAUGUUGAAGCAGAGCCCCCAGGCCUCCAGACCUCCUCCGCUGGUGCUUCAGUCAGCAGCUGCAGCACCAACGGGGAGUCAGAUGUAGAGGCUCUUCUGGCCAAACUCAGGGCCUUAUGAGGUGCACUUCUAAUCUCUAAAACAACAUCUACAGUAAGUUUGUACACACACACACAUUAAACAUGCGUUGCAUGUAGCCUAAAGGAUUUCAGAAAAUACAUUUUAGUUUUAAAGAGACAGUUUAAAGAUUUUUGAGGCAUAAACACCACGGCAAUUAAUUAACAUUAACAAGGGAAACAGGGACUUUUUUUUUUAAGCCUCAUAAAGUUACAUUUGCAUAAGGUCACUAAUGCAUUUGAAGACCAUGUUUUACUACAU